CUUGUAGACAAUUUCCAGUACUCUCAAUUAUUUUAAACCGAAACAUAUCUUAUGUCGUCGAAGAUGAGGGUUGUACUGUCGAAUAAGAGCCUUUGGACGUUUCUCAAGGGUGUGGUGCUACUGAUUGUGAGCUCCUUUUUUUCUUUUACAAGUGGUUUUUCUUUCGAGCUUACAAGUCGUCGCCAGGCUCUAGGAUGGAUGAGCGGUGCCACUACAGCUAGCUUUUUUAGAGGCAAUGAUAGAUUCGCCAAUGCCCUGGAAGAGCUCCCUGCUAGUUUCGAUGUCGACUCCUACUUGAAAUCUGGCUUCGUUUUGAAUCCCAUGGGCGUUUCAGGACAGGCGGGCAAAUCACGUCCCGAAACAGGUGUAUUGCUGCGCGAUGGUAGCGAGGUAUCCCGAGAUCCUCGUACCGGUGAAAUUCUGGCGGAAAUUAUUCUGACGACCAUCUCCGGCGAAAAAGUUCCUGUUCUCGCGUCGUACUCGUCGACUUGGCCCUUGGCGACGGGUAGUGUCUUUGACGUUGAAUGCCGCGAUUUAAAAACGGGCGACACGGCAUUCUUGGCGGUUUCGUCCAGCACAGGAGGCAAAUCAAUUUCGGAGCUCAAAGACUCUUUUUUCACCAACAAUUUGUUUGCUCCGAAGGGACGUUUUUCGAGCUAUGGCCAACCGACCGAUAUCAAAGUUCGUAAAAACAGUGUCACAGGUGCCUACCGUGUGCUGGAUUUGAGUUUUUCCACCCUUUCGCAGAGUACCCAGACUGAGAUCCCUCGUCGUGCUCGGUUAAUUGCUACUAUCCCGGAAGGUACAAAUCAAGCCGUAAUGUUGAUAGGCUCAGCGGCCGACUUGCGAUGGCGGAAGGGAUCUGAAAAGGAAAUUGAACAAGUUAUUAAUUCGUUCCGAGCCAUUCCAGCUCCCCAGACCAAUAUGAAAGUUCGCGCAAAAGAACGUCGUAACCAAGGGUAAUUUGCGUCGCUUUAGAUUUCUACACCGACACUCUGACCCCAGGCAGAAGCCACAUGCAUGCACUUGGACGAAGAACGUAUUCACAGUCAAGCUAAUUUAAGUUUAGCAUAUACUUACUACAGC